AUGUCUGUUAUUCCCCGAGUACUGGCUCCCGCUCGAACACGGCUAGCAAGAGUUACUGUCAUUACUCCCCGUUCUCUCUUUUCGUCAUCGUCGCGCCUGUACUCGAACAUCAAUAGCUCGCUGAGCCCUCAUGAUAUUCACAGUGUGACUCACGGCCCAGACCACAUCCAAUCAAAGCUGCCGGCAAAAGAACUUUUGCGCAACCACCACCGUUUCAGCGAGUUUGAUCUUGAGGGCCGAGUAUAUGCCAUUACCGGCGGUGGACGGGGACUGGGACUAUCAAUGGCGGAAGCACUGAUCGAGGCUGGGGCCAAAGUGUACUGUUUGGACCGCCUCGAGUCCCCACACCCAGACUUCCUCGUCGCUCAAGAUAGGGCCAAAGGCGACUACGGCAGCAGUUUGGAGUAUAUCCGCAUUGACGUACGCGACAGCGCUGAAGUCAACGAUGCAUUUGCAGCCAUUGCAGCGAAGGGAGAGCGACUGGACGGUCUGAUCGCCGCAGCGGGAAUCAACCAUCUCCAAAGUGCACUGGAGCACUCCCAGCAGGCUUUGGACGACGUGAUGUCGAUUAAUUAUAAUGGAGUAUUCAACUCAGCCACCGCUGCGGCCCGCCAGAUGUUCAAAUAUCAACAGAAGGGCUCGAUCCUAUUAGUAGCGAGCAUGAGCGGCCUCAUUGCCAACAAAGGCAUGACCUCACCUGUGUACAACUCCUCCAAGGCGGCGGUCAUUCAGCUCGCUCGCUCUCUCGCUAUGGAAUGGGGUCGUCACGGCAUUCGUGUCAACAGCCUGUGCCCCGGACACAUCAUCACCCCGAUGGUGGACGAGGUGUUCAAGCAAAACCCCGCUGCCAGGGCUACUUGGGAGGCAGAAAAUAUGCUUGGUCGCUUGGCAAUGCCCGAGGAGUUUCGUGGUACGGCUCUUUUCUGUCUUUCCGAUGCGAGCAGCUUCAUGACUGGAAGUACUCUUCUUAUUGAUGGAGGACACACUGCUUGGUAA